CCUACUUCCUCCGAUAACGCGGAUGCCAUUUUUGUUGUUUUUUGGGUCUCGCCUUGGUUGAUUGUUUGCAUCCGUGCAUUGUCUCUUUAUUUUAUUUUGCGGUAGGAAUUGCCCUUUUAUUUUACUGCAGUUUCUGUGGAUCGCCUUACCGAUUAACGAAGCAAGUGCUCUACCAACUUUCAGCCACAACUUUCUAAGGAACUUGGAGCUUUGGGUUCAACAAGGCAGCCGCCAAUCAAGCCUCAAAAACAGAGACAAUGACGCGUGGAAACCAGCGUGAUUUGGCUCGCGAGAAGAACCAAAAGAAACAAUUAGAACUGGCGAAGCGAAAAGCUGCUAACGACAAGGGAUCAAACAAAGGAAUGUCCCUGGAGCAAAGGAAGCAAAGGGAUGCUGAUCAAAUGCGGGAAAAGCAAAGGAAAGCACAAGAAGCAGCCAAAGGUGUUAGUUAAGAUCUGUUCUGUGAUGAGCCUCUGAAAUCUGUCUCCUUUUAUUCUUCAUUUUCUCUCCUCUCCGCAUUGUCUUCUAUUUUAAACCCAACAUUAUAAUUUUUGAAUGGAAUUCUCUCAGUAUUUACUCACUUCGUCGCUCACUCUACUUUCCUGAUUUUAGGCUCCCUCUGUAUUUUAAUAGAACCAUCUUCAUUUAUUAUGUGAUUGCUUUGUGUAUAUAUCAAAACUCAGUGUUAAUUAUAAUUAUUUAUUAUUUAAAAUAAAUUUGUUUUGGUUUAUUUAA